GACGCGAGUGGGCCGAACGGGGACGCGCGACACCAAAAGGCUCGAUCCAGGCCAGGCGGGACCGUGGCCCCUGCCUGCGACGCCGCGGCCCCGGGAUCUCCUGCUCGUCGGAUUGCUCCUGCUCCACUCUUGAGCCCGGCCACCCGGCGCCACCUCGCGCCUCCCCCGGCGCCCCGCGAUGGAGGUCCCGCCCCGGCUUUCCCACGCGCCGCCGCCGCCGCCAUUGUUCCCCUCCGCUCCCGCGACUCUCGCCUCCCGCAGCCUCUCCCAUUGGCGGCCGCGGGCUCCCCGGCAGCUCGCCCCGCUCCUGCCUUCGCUCGCUUCCAGCGCCGCCCGGCAGGGGGCGCGCCGGACCCCGCGCCACGUCACCGCCCAGCAGCCCUCCCGAUUGGCGGGCGGGGCGGCUAUAAAGGGAGGGCGCAGGCGGCGGCCGGAUCUCUUCCGCCGCCAUUUUAAACCCGGCUCCAUACAUGCGGCAGCUGCAGCCGCCGCCGCCGCCUCCUCUUCAUUUAAAAUGUUUAUUGGAGGCUUGAGCUGGGAUACAAGCAAGAAAGAUUUGACUGAAUAUUUGUCUCGAUUUGGGGAAGUUGUAGACUGCACAAUUAAAACAGAUCCAGUCACUGGAAGAUCAAGAGGAUUUGGAUUUGUGCUUUUCAAAGAUGCUGCUAGUGUGGAUAAGGUUUUGGAACUGAAAGAACACAAACUGGAUGGCAAAUUGAUAGACCCCAAAAGGGCCAAAGCUUUAAAGGGAAAAGAACCCCCUAAAAAGGUUUUUGUGGGUGGACUGAGUCCAGAUACUUCAGAAGAACAAAUUAAAGAAUACUUUGGAGCCUUUGGAGAGAUAGAAAAUAUUGAGCUUCCCAUGGAUACAAAAACAAAUGAAAGAAGAGGAUUCUGUUUUAUCACAUACACAGAUGAAGAACCAGUAAAGAAAUUGUUAGAGAGCAGAUACCAUCAGAUAGGGUCUGGGAAGUGCGAAAUCAAAGUUGCACAGCCCAAAGAGGUGUACAGGCAGCAACAGCAACAACAGAAGGGCGGGAGAGGUGGAGCGGCUGGUGGACGAGGUGGAGCGAGGGGGCGUGGACGAGGUCAGGGCCAAAACUGGAACCAAGGAUUUAAUAACUAUUAUGAUCAAGGAUAUGGAAAUUAUAAUAGUGCCUAUGGUGGUGAUCAAAACUAUAGUGGCUAUGGCGGAUAUGAUUAUACUGGGUAUAACUAUGGGAACUAUGGAUAUGGACAGGGAUAUGCAGACUACAGCGGUCAACAGAGCACUUAUGGCAAGGCAUCCCGAGGGGGUGGCAAUCACCAGAACAAUUACCAGCCCUACUGAGGAGGACCUGGGAGAAAGCAGGAGGUGUAAAGAAACCAUCUUACAGGACGACAUUGAAGAUUGCUUGAUCUUCUGUUGACCUAAGAUGAUUAUUUUGUAAAAGACUUUCUAGUGUACAUGACACAAUUGUGUCCAACUGUAUAUAGCUGCCCAUUAGUUUCUUUGUUUUCACUUUGUCCUUUGCUAUCUGUGUUAUGACUCAAUGUGGAUUUGUGUUUAUACGCCUUUUUAUUUGUAUGAUUCAUGUUAAACCUCCAAUAAAUGCUUCCUUAUGUGAUUGUU